AAAAAUGUAAAAUAACCGUGUUGUACGGUACAUAUUCCACUUUUAGACCGCAUAAUCAAUAAUGAUGUUGCAACUGGUUUUAACUCUUUGCGCUUUUGGACUAGUGUCCACUGGUGACGUAACUGCAACUACCUCUGACGUGAUAGCUUUUUUCAACACUACCCUACAGCUUCAAUGGAAAAUACGUUUUAAUGCGGGCCAGUACUUAGUUGGCUUAGACAUUUACGUUCUACCAGACGAAAGAAAUGCGAUAUUAAGCGCAGUGUCACCAGUGUUACAACCAGCAGGCAGAGCCCUGUUUGGUGACAGAAUUUCUUCAACAUUUAAAUCUUCUGAUUAUGUUUUGACAUUAAGAAAUGUCAAGUACAAUGAAACAUUAUCUUUCAAGUUGCAAGCGAUUUUCUACAAUCCACUUGAGACGAGAGACGCAAUCAUUUCAAUUAAAAUGGUUCUAGGUGCCCCCCAAAAUGAAAUGCCGUUUAAUUACCGCAAAAUUCAGAACUCCUACAAUAACAGCACCAACAGGAAUACCGAAACCGACAAAAAAAGAGAAAUUUGACAUUGGUACAUUUCUCGUCAAGAAUGUCCUGGAACCUAUACGCAGAUUUGCUGCCAAGAUGCUCCGCUGCAACAAUUCUUUUUAUAUAAAUGAAUACCUUUGUAUAGAAUAAGUAAUAUAUAUGGCAGUUUGCAUUCGGAAAUUUGAGUUUUAACAUUAUCAAAA